AUGAUUUCCUCAACACUAUGUUCAACUGGUUUAUUACUAUUACUCGCCGUGACAACUUUAAUUAAUCACAGUAAUGCGGCUUCGGUCGCUGAUCAGUACCUUUAUAGAUCGAUGGCCGAAGAUAAGGAUUUUAAUUUCUUUAUAGCAUUUCUAAAUGAUUUCGAUAAGAAUUAUCCUUCAUAUACUUCCUACAUGAUUGAACACCAUUUAAAAUUACCACAGGAAGUAGCAGAUUAUUAUAAUCAUCUGGCAAAAUUACCAAGUACUGUAGAUUUGGAAAAUGAUAUCAUUAAUUCAUUCCCAUAUACGCAAUUCCAAACAUUUGUAACACAUUUCCCUUGGUAUACUUCACUUUUGAAAGACGGUCAUAUCACUACAAUGUAUUUACCAAGAGAUUUCGAUUCUAUGGGAACUGAGGAUGACCUGGAGACAUCAGUAGACCCCUUAACAACUACAAAUUCUACUGGUGCUCAAAAUUCAAUGAAUGGUACCACUACUUCUAUAUAUGGAUCGGGUUCAUCAACAAAUACAAAAAGCACAAAGACUUCAAAGAGUUCGAAGAAUGGUAUGCCAGGUACAAAUACUAUGUCCUUGUCCACUCCUUUAUAUUUAUUAGUUAUAGGGAUGGGUAUGCUACUGUAA